UCCUGCGCUGAGAGAGAGACACACAGCAUCAUCAAAACACUGGCUUACAGCUCUGCCCGGAUAUCGAAUUUAGAGGUUAAAUUAAAAACAACAACAACGGAGAACACGGGAGGCUGUGCGCCACGGAGCCUAGGAGAGACGAGCAUCCAUCCUUGCAGCAGCAGGAGCGGCGGUGCAGCUUGCAGUAGCAGGAGCAGAUUCAGGGAUUUUCCGUGUCGGUUUCCCGGUGCUCCACACACCCUGUGCCUUUGAGCCAGCCGCGGGGAGGAGGGGAGGACCAGAGAGGAGGCUGUGCAGAGAGGAGGAGGACCAUGGAAGGGAUGCAGGCAUACGGAGCCGGGAAAGCCGGAGGAGCCUUCGACCCUGUCACCUUCUUCCAGCAGCCUCAGACCAUUCUCCGCAUAGUGUCUUGGCUCUUCUCCAUCGUGAUCUUCGGCUGCAUCGCCAACGAGGGCUACAUCAACCGUCCCAACGAAGUGGAGGAGUACUGCAUCUUCAACCGCAACCAGAAUGCCUGUAAUUAUGGCGUCUUUAUGGGCUCCAUGGCCUUCCUCUGCUGCAUAGCCUUCCUGGCUUUGGAUGUCUACUUCCCCCAGAUCAGCAGCGUCAAAGACCGUAAGAAGGCAGUGCUGGCUGAUAUCGGAUUGUCAGCAUUCUGGUCCUUCAUGUGGUUUGUGGGCUUCUGUUUCUUGGCAAACCAAUGGCAGGUGACCAAACAUGAGGACAACCCGCUGAGGGAGGGAGGGGAUGCUGCCCGGGCAGCCAUCACCUUCUCUUUCUUCUCCAUCUUCACCUGGGCGGGCCAGUCCUUCCUGGCCUUCCAGAGGUACAAGCUGGGGGCUGACUCAGCCCUCUUCUCCCAGGAAUACACGGACCCCAGCCAGGACGCAGCCGGAGCCCCUUACACCUCCUUCGGUGGGGAUGAUCUGGAGAGCCCAGGAGGAGGAGGGGGCCAGGCCAACAGCGACGGGGCCUUUGACGGCACUGGUGGCUAUCAGCGUCAGGACUACUGAGAUACUGGGGGAAAAUAUACUUGGGUGGUAAGGGGGAUCUGGAUGAAGUUGGGGUUUAUAUAGUUUCUAUCACACUAAAAAUCACUUGGCCAAAAUUUACCCAGUACAUAGCACUAAUUUAAUACCAGAAACUGUACUUUUGACCCAGUGUUGGACACAACAAGCUUAAAAGACCAGCGUGUAAGAUUGAGGGGGAUCGAUGGCAGAAAUGAAAUAUAAUAUUCAUAAGUAUGUAUUCAUUUGUGUAUGAUAACCCCAAAAUAAGAAUCAUGUUUUUGUUUCCUUAGAAUGGCCUCUUUAAAUCUAUAGAAGUAGCAGGUCCUCUUCCACGAGGUCUGCCAUGUUGCACUGCCAUGUUUCCACAGUAGCACAGAGCACACAAACUGAACAUUGGCUGUAGAGACCUCCUUUCUCACUUUCUCUCUCUUUUGCGACCACCAUAAUAAAGGGAAAAACGAGGGGUAUUCAGUUGGUUGCAAUUUCUAACCUCACCACUAGAUGCCACUAAAUCCUACACACUGGACCUUUAAGUUUUACUUUAAAACUGUCACAAAUCUAGGAAGUGUACCUGCAACGGACACACAUAUUAUUAAUAAUAAUCAGUAGGAAAUAGGGACAUGUUAGUUUAAAAAAAAAGCUGGAGUAGAUUAUAACUUAGCAAACAUGGCAUAUUUAAGUUGGCGUAAAUAACACGAGUAAUAUAAAAAGUAACACGAGCAUUGGGUCGGAACAACCCAUUGUUUUGGCUGGUCUUCUAUCCAUAGGUACCAGUUAAAGUAACACAGUAUUGCAUUGGCUGUAUAAUUUUGACCAAAUGAUUAUUAGUGUGUACAUGCAACAAUGAAUGCAUCUAGCUGCGUGGAGAAGGAUUUCGUACCUGUGACAUUUCAGUUACUUGGCUGAUUUCCAUGUUUAUGUGUGAUAAAAAGCAGAAUUUAUCUCUUGGUCUGAAAUUGCUAGCAAUGAUCCAGAUAUCGGGAGGCACAGGUAACCUCAAGGGGUGGGACAAGAUGUCAUUUAGGUACAAGUCUGCAGUAGCAAGGGGUUCAGGAUAUCUGUGGGAAGGGGUGCAGAGAGACACAGGGUGCAGUCUAAGAUGUCAGGAACAGUUUAGGGCUGAAAAAACAGGAUGGUGGGAAGAUUUGGAGGUCAAGCUUUUGCUGAAAUGGUCACCCUGUAGCAGAUCAAUGCUUGUGACCACAUUGCCUUCAUCUUCUGAGGUCUGCUGUCAGUCAGCAAAGUGACUGCGAUCAGUCUUAAUUCAAACACACACAACAGAAACACACACACGCAAGCACACAUUCACAGCGAAUUGAUUUUGAAUAGACAACACAAGUUUCUGCUGACAAAAUUCCUUAGAGGUGCAUAUCUGGCAACUAAUCCCCUGAAGUGUAACACGAGAGUGUGUUUGUGUGUGUGUUGGAGGGUCUCUUUUGGGUUUUAAUGAUGUGUGGAUGUGUGACAGUGGAUGUUUUCUUGUUUCCCUGAAGAACCCGCUUUUUUUCUUUUCUCGAUCGUUGCCUUAGUGCUGACUGCCAAGCAAAAUCCAGCAAACACAGGGCAACGUAGACCCUACAUACACAGUAUCCCAGUUCUCUUUCAGCAUCUUUAGAGCAAAUUCAUAGCUAAUUGAAUUUUGUCUUCUUUUUGUCCUUAAGCACGUAAAAACCCAGAACAAAAUAAGCAUUUGUCAUCAUUAUAUAGCAUCUCAAAUGACAUAAAACUGACAAGUCUCACAUCAGCAGGCCUGCAGACGACUUACUACACGGACGAACUGCAGGUUAUUUAUCUAUUGCGUUUUCCACUUCUUUUUAACAAGUCUACGGAUGAGGCAACCAUGAACGUCUUGAGUAUUCAUGAACAUUAUGAACUUGCAUUGCUCCAUUUUCUUAAAGAAUAAAUUAUAUCUAUUCCUCUAUAAAUAUAUGUAAAUCUAUAAUUCAGUCUAUUAGAGUGUUUGAAAAAAGAUUAUGCUUUAUUUUAGGGCAUUAUGCUAGUUCUGUAUAUAAAAAAAGAAAAGACAAGAAAGAAGAUCUAUGUUCUGUUGAGUGUAGUUGUGAUAAGAUAUAAUGGUGAGGUCAUCCAUGCCUCAUCCCUUAUGUUGCUUUAAAGAUAUGGAGAUGUUUUUAUUUUGGGAUAAUAAUACUAACUAUAAAAAUACAGCAACAAAAAAUGUGACCAAAUUAUCAAAGUAUAUAUACACAUAUAUACUUUAUACUGUACAACCGUGUAGAUGUAGAAAUGUGUGAUGUUCCUUUGUGAAAUCUGUUUAAAAGCAAAAGUAAGAUUUAAGAAAAAGAUUCUGUACAAAUGUAUGUUUUUGAUGUGUUUGAUUUUAACCA